AUGUGCAAGGUGGUGCAAAAACGCGCUUUUAUUGAUGAAUAUAGGGCUUUAUCUGAGGGUAAACCAAUUAAUCCCAUCAGUUCCUUGCUUUCUUUGUCUCCAUUUAUAGACGAACAAGGCUUACUCAGGGUAGGCGGUAGAUUGAAAAAUUCAAACCUACCAUACAACGCGCGUCACCCGAUACUUUUGCCGCGAAAUCACGAUUUAACCAAGCGCAUCAUAAAGUACGAACACAGCCGAAAUAUGCACGCCGGCACGCAAGCUACAAUGGCCGCGGUCAGACAAAGAUUUUGGCCUGUGUCUUUGAGAUCAACCACACGAAACAUAUUGUCAAAGUGCAUAAUGUGUUUUAAAGCCAAACCUGCGCAAUCAGAAGCUAUUAUGGGUUCACUGCCGGCCAGCCGAACCACAGCUUCAAAACCAUUCUCGAAAUGUGGCGUCGAUUAUGCUGGUCCUCUUUUUUUGAAAGAAAAUAAGCGACGUAACGCACGAAGCUCCAAAGCAUACAUUUCGAUUUUCGUGUGCUUCGUAACUAAAGCAGUUCAUAUUGAAUUAGUUAGUGAUCUUACUUCGGAAGCUUUUAUCGCGGCAUUAAAGCGAUUUAUUUCCCGUAGAGGAAAACCUAGUCACAUAUAUUCAGAUAACGGCACUACGUUUGUCGGAACAAAGCGCCACCUCGAAGAAGUUUUUCAAUUUUUAAAUAAUCAAAAAAUGUUGGAUGAUAUUAAGGAAUUCCUUCGUAAUCAAGAAACUUCGUGGACGUUUAUUCCGCCAAACGUGCCUCAUUUCGGCGGGCUUUGGGAGGCGGCCGUAAAAUCCGCAAAAUACCAUUUAACACGUAUCGUCGGCAGGGCUAAUUUAACGUUUGAGGAAAUGCAAACCACGUUAUGCGAAAUAGAAGCAAUUCUUAAUUCCCGACCUCUCGUAGCUUUAAGCGAAGAUCCAAACGAUCUAUCAUAUAUUAGCCCGGGUCAUUUUUUAAUUGGCACAGCAAUGAAUGAUUUUCCAUGUCGCGAUUUACACGAUAUUAAUGAAAAUCGACUUACCCGUUGGAAUAGAAUAGAGCAAAUGAGGCAACACUUUUGGCGAAGAUGGAGCUCGGAGUAUUUGAGCUCAUUACAAGAAAAAUCCAAAUGGAAAAUCAAUAAGGGCAGACAAUUAGCGCUCAAUCAACUUGUAUUAAUUAAACAACAAGGAUUGCCCCCUUUGCAGUGGCUCAUAGGCUGCGUUCAUGAAUUACACAUAGGAACCGAUGGCGUAGCUCGGUCAGCUAUGGUAAAAACUUCGAAAGGAUUUUUUACACGACCUUUGGCAAAACUUUUCAUAUUACCGAUAGAUACGUAA